CUUUUUUUGUUCCAUAAUGUAUUGUUAGAAUGAAAGACUACUUAUAAAACACUCUCUACUCUUCUCACUCUUCACUUCCAAAUAAUUUCUUGAAACUGAAAGCUUCAGGACCACCCAUGGCUUCAUUUGUUCUAUACUCCAUACUCUCUGCUGUUUUUCUCUAUUUCGUUUUUGUUACCUUGAGGAAGCGCCAUCGCCUACCUCCAGGCCCGAAACCAUGGCCGAUUAUUGGGAACUUGCCACAUAUGGGUCCCAUGCCUCACCAUAGCUUAGCAGCCUUGGCUAAAGUCUAUGGACCUCUAAUGCACCUCAGGUUGGGGUUCGUGGACGUGGUAGUGGCAGCGUCGGCAACGGUUGCAGCCCAAUUCUUGAAAGUUCAUGACGCUAACUUCUCGAGCCGGCCACCCAAUGCUGGUGCCAAGUAUGUUGCUUAUAACUAUCAGGAUCUUGUGUUUGCGCCUUAUGGACCGAGGUGGCGGAUGCUACGGAAAAUCAGUUCCGUCCAUCUGUUCUCUGGCAAGGCUUUGGAUGACUUCAGACACGUUCGCCAGGAGGAGAUAAGGGUGCUUGUACGAGCUUUGGCAAGUGCUAAAAAUAAGGUGAACUUGGGGCAACUACUGAACGUCUGCACAGUGAAUGCCCUGGGGCGAGUGGUGCUUGGGCAAAGGGUGUUCGGUGACGGUACUGGCGGGGCUGAUCCGCAAGCAGAUGAAUUCAAGUCGAUGGUGGUGGAGCUGAUGGUGUUGGCUGGGGUUUUCAACAUUGGUGACUUCAUCCCAGCGCUGGAGUGGCUAGACUUGCAGGGGGUACAAGCUAAAAUGAAGAAGCUCCACAAGCGAUUUGACAGGUUUUUGAGUGGGAUUCUUGAGGAACACAAACUCAAGGCUGGAGAUGGCAGUGGGAAGCACACGGAUUUGUUGAGUACGUUGAUUUCAUUGGAGGAUGCUGAUGGAGAAGGAGGAAAGCUCACUGACACUGAAAUCAAAGCAUUGCUCUUGAACAUGUUUACAGCUGGAACUGAUACCUCCUCAAGCACAGUAGAGUGGGCGAUAGCAGAGCUCAUUAGGCAUCCCAAGAUCUUGGCUCAAGUUCGGAAAGAGUUGGACUCAGUUGUGGGUCGAGAUCGGCUUGUCUCAGACUUAGACCUGCCCCAUCUAACUUAUUUCCAAGCUGUGAUUAAGGAAACCUUCCGGCUCCAUCCAUCAACUCCACUCUCCCUCCCUCGGAUGGCUUCGGAGAGCUGUGAGAUCAAUGGCUACCACAUCCCAAAGGGUGCCACGCUACUGGUCAACGUGUGGGCCAUAGCUCGUGACCCUAACGAAUGGAAGAACCCGCUAGAGUUUCGGCCUGACAGGUUUUUACCAGGCGGCGAAAGGCCUAAUGCUGACGUUAGGGGAAAUGAUUUUGAGGUUAUACCAUUUGGUGCUGGACGUAGAAUAUGUGCUGGUAUGAGCUUAGGGUUGCGCAUGGUGCAACUAUUAGCAGCAACAUUGGUGCAUGCUUUCGACUGGGAGCUGGCUGAUGGAUUAAUACCUGAGAAGCUGAACAUGGAUGAAGCCUUCGGGUUGACAUUACAACGUGCCGCGCCAUUGAUGGUGCACCCAAGGCCAAGGUUAUCCCCGCAUGCUUAUUGAGCAUCAUCGCAAUGUUUUAAGUUAUGUGCCUGUUGAGCGUACUUUACAGAUAAAAUUUUAAUGCACGUCCCUGGGCCCUGGCUGUUGUUUGUAAAUCUAGUACUAUCAAUCUGUCACCACAUAAUGACCCCAAUUUGCUGGAGAGUUUUUCCUCUAGUGAAAUUGGGUUUCCUUGAGAUAUUCAUGAAUCUGUUGGUUAUUUACUUUAUA